AUGCUUCAAGAUAUGCUCUAUAGAUACGCUAUAGUAAGCCACUUACUAUUAGCCUGUUCUAUCGGACAUAUCUCUACUACCGUUAACGGAUUUUACGAUAUUAUUACAAGAUUUUUAUCAAAUAAAACUUGCCUAGCGAUUUUGUACAAUUACUCCUUAAUGUUGUAUAUUUAUUGCUGUAAAAUACCAAUUUUUAUCUUCCUGGGAAAUCUAACACAACUAGAAUCUGAGGAGUUAAUUGAGAAUAUAAGGAAUUAUAUAAUGGACACAGUUUUGUUCCUAAUACUAAGCAAGCCCCGAUUCAACGGCAAGGAAGUGCUAAUGUCCGACCUUGUUAAGUGUAUCACCCUGCUCACAUCUUUAAAGUCUUUUCACAUCAUACUGAACAUACGUUUAUCUCAUAUGUUUGAAAUCGAUAUACCGAAAUUUAUGAAAAUCUUCCGGAUCUGCUCCUUCAUAUAUAUUUUAAGUCUAAUCAACUGUUUCCUGCUCAACUUAUUUUUCAUAAACCUAAAUAAUAAAAAUACAUUCACACUCUGGGUUCUUUUCGAAUUAUUGGGGAUGUUCAUAAACUUGUUAUUUUCGACGAUCAAAUUCAUUAUUAAUCUCGUGGAUUUAUACCAGCCGAAUGUACAAGGAACUGAAUAUUAUGUAGGACUGAUAAACAAAAUGAUAAUACUCUUUUAUAUUGAAUUGAUGCAUGAUAUCUUAUCACUGCUAAUAUUCACCGUUUUCAUGAUCGUGUUCUUCAUCAACAACCCUAUCAAUAUUCCAAUUUACAUGAUUAUAGAUAUAAUUCACGUGACGAAAAACCUGUUCAAUCGCAUUAAAAUGUUAAUUGAGUACCGAAAGAUUUCAAAAUUGCUCUACACCAAAUAUAAAUGCGCCGAUGAUGAGAAGAAUUUGAACUGCAUCAUAUGCCGUGACGUCAUCACUGUCAAUAGCAGAAAACUGGAAUGCGGACACGUGUUUCAUCUGAACUGUUUAAAAUCAUGGCUCUUCCAACAUAACAACUGCCCAAGCUGCAGGAAACUCAUUUACAACUCAAAUGCAUUGACAAUAAAUAUGAGUAUACAAGUGUUGGACAACGUGCUGUAUAACGUAGAAAUAUUCGUGCUGAACAAGAUUAAGCUGCUGGUUAGCAAGGUCUCGAAGAUGAUCAAAAACAUAAAAAUGAACCUACUGCACUACAACGUCACUUUGAAAACAAUGCAACCAACACAUUUAGAAUAUUAUUUGUACAAUAGUGUGACUCACGAGUUCGUCAAAUUGUCAACUCCGAAUGAAACUAAUGAAAGCUCAAGAGAGAAUUUAAACGAAACUAAUGGGCCUGCGGAUGGUAACAGUUUGACGCUUAGAAUCGGCUUCAUCAACGUGAUGAAGAAGUAUUAUUACUCAAAUUACUACAUCAUCAUGUGUAAUUCUACCACAUUUACGGACAACACACCGGUGAAUUCUAGUACUGUUCCCAGCACUGUUGAUGCUCAUGAUAUGGCAAAUAAUUUACUCAAAGAUAAUGUUCAAGAGUUAAUCAAUUGGUUAAACACGUCAAUAAUGACUAAUUCCUCCGAUGAUUUAACAGUUCUAUAUAACAAGUUGUUAUAUGUUCUCUCGUUCCUCUAUGUCUCAACAAAUUUGUUGACGAAACAGUUUAUAACUAAUUUGCAAAGCACUAAUGGAGGACCGGAUUCUAACAGUUCAACAUCAAAUAAAUCCUUGUAUGAGUCUGAAAUAAAGAAAUUACAUAUAAAGAAGUUAAUUCUAAGUAAAGAUUAUCACUUGUUACUGCUGAAGAUGUGUAAGAAAAACUAUCAUUUUAAUUUUAAAGCCUUUUCAAAUAACAUUUCACUGUUCCAAAACAUAAUUAAUAUUGUUUAA